GAAUGGUAAAAGUACCAUCGUUGAGGGCGGGAAACCCAGGAAGCCUACCGCAGACGCUGUAUACAUGUAGCCCUUCUAUUUUCUCCGUGCAUUUUUUUCUCCACAACUGCUGUACUGUUCAAAUCCAACCAAUCAUCCAGACUCAGACUGGGCCUUUCUUCACUUGUCCACUAGCUUGAGGUAAUUUUUGCGCGUAUCAGAGAAUCUAAAGCCAAGUAUUAUCACUGGGGGACUGGGUUUUUCAGAGGGCUUGGAAGAAGAUGGGCUGGAACCACCCGGACAUUAGCUUGGAGGAAAUGGUGAAACUGACAAAAGGGUUCGUAGAUAUACUGAUUCUGGCAUCUGGGUAUCAAUCCUCUGGUCGUCUUGCCCACUGGGAUCCCCAAAACAUCAAGAAAGCCUUUCAGUGGGGCCUCUUCUUUGAAAAUGUGUUUAGCCGUUUGAGCAACUCAGAUGUUUACCAGGAGUCAUUGGAGGAACUUGAUGCAGCUCUAUCUGAAAUGACUUCCAAUGCUUCUUUCCCUCAGGGUCUUGCACAUCUGACGUCUGCUACUCUUACCAAGGCACGGGGAUUUGUAUUAGAACAUUUUAUCCAAACUUUACCUUUAAGGGAUUCACAUCUCAGAGCUUUUCUGACCGCAGUCAUUGAGAUGGAGCUUGAUGAACUAUCAGAAACAGAGCAUGAUUGCCUAAAUGCAUAUCUGAACAAGUUGACUCUGCAGAAUACAUCACUUAACUCAAUUCCAGAUGACAGGGGUUUCACGAAGGAUUUAGUUAUUUCAUCCCCAAACAUUGCUUCAAUUAACAAGAUUGAAAAAUGCAUUGGUGAUGAUUUUACAAGGUAUGCUGUUCAAGAGAUCUUCAAGAGGCGGUGUGCAGUGUCUUGCAUAUCAACAGUUGAGACAGGCUUGAAUACUCUCUCAAAUGUCAUCGGACAUAGCAGUCAGUCUGAUAGUAAUUUACUCAAUGAACAACUAAAGAAUGAAAAUGCUUUAAUAAAUGUAGAACUGUUGCUGGAGUUCAUCACGUGGAAACACUGGAAAUCAAGGAUUCUCUCAUAUUUUCUUGAUAAGAGAACUGUUAGAUUAGUCUCAGGUGCCAGCUUGAUAUUUUCUGCUCCUAAGGUUCAGUGGAUACAAAUUUUUCAAGGGCUAAAUAUUUCAGCCAAAAACAGUGAGAAUGAUUCUAUUGAAAUAAUUGAGCUCUUGUUACUUGGAUGCAUUGCAAGCAGAUGGAAUUGUCUAAUUGAACAUUUCACAUCUGUUUCUUACUAUUCCCGUACUAUCCCAGAGCAAUAUAAUGAGCUGUGCAACUUGGUUUUGGGAAGAUCUCAAAGCCUUAAUUCAAUUAAUUCAAAGGAAAGUGGCAUUCUUGAUUAUCUGACUGGACUGCUGGGUGGUCAACUGUAUGAAUUAUGGAAAAUAUCCCCUGCCCUUGCAGCAGCUGCAAUUCCACGCUGGUCACCCUUGUUAAGAUUGUACUUGAGCGAAGUGGUGACUCAAUUCAAAGGAGAUUUUUCGACAAUGAGAUGCUGCAGUUGUUCUCAAGAUAUGAAGGAACACAACACCUGUGAACUUGCUGAGAGAAUUUGGUGCCUCUACAUCAUUCAUGUUCAGGGCUCUCAUCUAUUGCAUGGUGCCACUAGUGCUCGAUAGCUGGCUAGUUUACUUGAUGCUUCUGGGAAAGUUUUGAGUAAAAUAGAAGGAAGAUGACAAAUGACAAAAAGUAUCAACCUUUUUGAAGGCUAUCGAGUGCAAAAAAUGCUCAAUCACCACUACUGAUGUUACAUCACCAUAUGCAAUUCUUGGACACUCUCCAAGCUGGGGCCAUUCUGACUAGGUAUGGUCGUAAAGCAAAGGUAGAUGAGGUGUUGAUGGUGAUGGUUCUUAUCUCUGCCAAAUGGGAGAGUGACAUGUAAAGAUGUGAUACCUGCCAACCGAAAUUGACAUUGGAAAGUGCAGUCUUCAUGUUUUCUUUUGGCUAUAUAAUCUAGGCAGUUCAUUGCUUCCAGCCAUACAAGCUCUCCUUGAAACAAUACACAGCUGCUGGUGGGAAAGGAGCUAUAACAAUGAA